CUGGGGAAGGUAAGUCGCCCCACUCUGACAACACUUGCUCUUACAUCCUUCUGUAAUCUGUAGUCUGCCUUUUAUAUCUGUUCCUCUACCUCCUGGUGGCAGUUAGGACGCCAAUAGUAUAAUCCCAUCAGAGUGAUGUCGUUUUUCUUAUUUGGAGUUCUAUUUUCUUAUUUUUGAUCUCUACACUCAAACUCCACACAAGUACCAACUGAGUACUCCACACGUAUACCAACCCUAGUCCAUGGUGCUAACUCAAAUGUACACAGGCAUCAUCCCUCAACUGUUUUUUUCUGCUGCAACAACUGCAUUGGGAUUGCCUACUGCACCCAUGCGGAACUCGUUGAUAAAGAGUGGAAACUCGAGUGGAAACUGCGAGAAGCGGGUCCUGUGUCGACGGCUCCCGUUAUCCCCGAGCCCAGCUCUGUUGCCAUGGUGAGGGCCGGGGAGGAAUCCCGUCGGCCAACAGCGGCUGGGCGACGUUGCCAUGGUGACGAGAAACACAGCAGCCGAUGCCGGAGACUAGGGGCAAGAGGCGACGCGGCGAGCAAGGGUAGCCGGUGGAAAAGGGCCGUGCCGCCGGAGCGGCUUCCUCCCUGAGUCCGCAUCAUCUCCCGAUGGUUUAAACAAUUGUGAAGUGAAUACAAAAUGGCUACAGACAGCGUUGAAUCAACUGAUCAAGCCAUGAAUGGCGCCAUUCUCAAGUUGUCGGAUGGACUUAAAAGGAAAGCGGUGGAACUGGUCAAUCCAAAGCUUGUUAAAAAGGCAACACAUCUUAAGCUAACUCCAUCAGCAUUCAUGAGAGAGAUGUCCCUUGACACAAAACAGAAGUUAGCAGAUACUCAUGAGAUGUAUCUUCCUCCAAUUGUUGAACUUCUCGAUAUGGCUGAAACCACACUGCAGAAGUAUUCCUCCAUUGAUGCUGACCAGCCAUUGUUCCAGCCAUUCCCUUCAGAAAUUUUCUUUCAGAACUAUAAACCCUGUGAAGUUUAUGAGGUACCACUGAAUCUCCGAAACUAUGACCAGGUUCCACGAAUGGUUAAAGUUGUUCAGGAAGAUUCUCCAUAUUUCAGAAUUGUCUGUCCCAGUGACGUUGGUCGGAAAGUAGCACCUGGCAUGGUCACCACUUUCAAGCUCGUUUUCACACCAGAGGAAAACAAGGACUAUUUCCAUGAAUUGAUGUGUAUAACCGAGAGAGAGAAAUUUUUGGUGCCUGUAAAAGCUAUUGGAGCACGUGCUAUUUUGGAUUUUCCUGACCAAAUCAACUUUUCAGUGUGUCCAGUCAAAUACAACUCUCAGAAAACUCUUCUGGUUCGGAACAUUGGUAACAGGGCAGCCAAGUUCAUCCUGCAGACCAAUAAGCCAUUCAAUGUGGCACCCAUCCAUGGGUACUUGGACAUUGGGGAGACCAUGCAAGUGACGAUGGAAUUCAUUCCACAACGUAUUGGGGAUCAUUGCGAUGAUCUAAUGAUACAUUUGGAUACAGACGAAAACAUCUUUGUCGAUCUGUACGGAGCUGCAGUGGAUGUAAACGUGAGGUUGGAUAAAAGCUCAGUAACGAUAGAGAAAACCUACAUAUCAUUGGCCAACCAGAGAAUUGUGUCCAUUUGCAACAGAAGCAAUAUAAUUGUACACUUCCAGUGGAAAGCUUUUGCAACUUCAGAAGAGGAGGAGCAGCAGAAACUUAGAUUCUUUUCAGACUUAAAGAGUGAGGAAGAGGAAGAGACAGAUUUUUUUUUGAAGGAGUGCGCUGGAGAUCCUGCACUACGUGAACGCAUUUCCAUCCUUUCCCGUACCUUUCUGAAUCGUAGCCGAAUGGCGCAGGAUGACAAGAUGCUGCUGUCUGAUGAUACCUUGUCCAUUGAACCAUUGGAAGGAGAUAUCUGGCCCAAUUCAUCAAAUGAAAUAAGUAUAAUCUACAAACCAAAGGAAGCGAAGAUAUUUCAGUGGACAAUCUACUGUGAUGUCACAGGUCGGCAGACUCGCUUGCCUCUCCGUAUCAAGGCUGAAGGUAUGGGCCCCAAGCUGCUUCUGAAUUUUGACCUGAUUGACAUGGGACACAUCUUUUUAAACUCUCGUCACACUUAUGAGGUAUUGAUGGCGAACAAGGGUGACAUAGUUGGUGUGUACACCCUGACUCCUGCAUUCACUCCCAUAGGCGCCAUGUUCAGCGUUAACCCAAGUGAAGGGUCACUGUUGCCAGGCGAUUACCAAGUAUUUGAUGUUGCAUUUAGAUCCAGCAUUCUUGGGGAAUUCAUGGAAGACUUAUACUUUACUGUGGAUGGGUCCGCAAAACCAAUCAGAGUUACUUUUAAGGGACGUAUCAUUGGACCAACAUUUAAUUUCAAUUUGCCUUUACUGAACUUUGGGGAGGUUUCGUAUGGUUUUCCCAGCACUAUAUCAUGUCGCCUUACCAACACUUCCAUUGUACCAAUGGUAUUUAAUUUGUGGGUCCCUGGUGAUGGAACUGCUGAUGUCGUUAGAGCAAAUGUCACUCAGGCCUCAGAAGAGAGAAGAAUAAUUUCUUGGGCAAAGCUUGGGUAUGGAGCAAAACCCAAAGAAUUCAGUAUAAAUCCUAGCAGCGGUACUAUCAUGGCACAAGAGGAAAUGGAGAUUCAGGUGACAUUGUGCUCCAACACUGUAAAGAAAUACGAGUCGGCCUUGGUUGUGGACGUGCAAAAUGUUGGUGAGGAGGUAUCAGCAACCCCCAUCUUGGCACGGUGUGUCGUUCCUAUUGUGGAGGUAAUUAACCCACAUAUUGAUGUUGGACGCUGCUUUAUCAACUAUCCCUACCAAUGCAUGAUAAAGCUUCAAAAUACCAAUGACCUCCCAGCUUGUUAUGGCAUAACUCCACAGGAGUUGGAUGAUGAGCAGGGUGUGAGUUAUUCCAGUCUCAAGCCUUGUGGAAUUAUUGACCCUUGCUCAAUUGUGGAGGUUCCGUUAUUAGUGGAGGUACAGAGCCUUGCAGAAAAGAACAUAGAACUGUCUAUUGCAAUAUUCGGCAAAAGUCAAUUCCCUCUUCGAAUCCAAUUAUCCUGCAUAGGUGAGGGGCCGGUAGUCUAUGUUACUGCUACACAGAUCGACUGGGGAAAGAUCCGUGUACUGACCGAUGUCCCCAAGACCAUCUGCCUCUCUAACGAGUCACUUAUCCCAGCCAACGUCACGGCCAGAAUGGCACUAGAAAACUCAAAAUGGCACUUGGAACCCAGUAAAACUGUGGUCCCCCCUCAUGGACAUGUUGAUGUGACUAUUGUAGCACAUCUUGAUGACACCAUCUGGUGUGAAGACAAGUUGCAUUUAUUGAUAGAGAACGGUCAUUCAAAAAGCAUCCAUGUGCAAGCCAAGGGUAUUGGAUGUACCAUCAUAUCUAACAAACCCUUUGGACCACAUCUGAAUCUUGGAUCAGUAUUCAGUUCUCAAGUUUGCCGCUAUUCAGUUAAGCUGACGAACCGUGGUCGGCGCCACCAUCAAAUUUAUUGGAAGACUGAAGGAUUUCCCCUCAUUUUUAAGCCCGCUCCGCAGAAACAGCCCAUAUCUCUUGAUAUGAAAUAUAAAAUCUCCCCCCCUCUAAUGGGGCAUUACGUUCCUUGCUUCAAAGUCAGACCACUGCGCAUGGACCUCAAUCCAGGCCAAAGUGCUAUCCUGGUAUUAGAGGGAGAAUCAGAUGAGCCUAAGGUUGUUCGUGGGCAACUUGUGGGCAGUGCCAUCAUUGGUAAGAAAUCUGGGAAGGAGAGGAUGAAAACUGUGAACAUCCUUUGUGAGUUCAUUGGACCCAUACUAGAGCUUUCUACAAAGCAGUUGAACUUCCGAGUUGAGAAGCCCGAGCAUGAGAUGCUGGUUCCUCAAUACAAGCCUCUUGAUUUAACAAACAUCUCUCCAUUGCCACUGACCAUGACUGUCAGCAUGAAAGGACCCUUCACAAUCGUAGAGAAAAUGAAUGAAGAGUCACUGGUCACUUCAAAGACUGUGAAACUGAAUGUUGGUGAGACCCUGGAACUGUCAAUUCAGUUUGAUCCAUCUUACAAGAAUGACUUGUACAUACGUGUAGCAGAGGAGUUUCUUGCAAUUAAGUACUUGGAACACCCACAAGUGGACUAUGUGGUUUUGAGGGGUGAGGUGAACUUUCCCAACUUGCAUUUUGAAACCACUGAAGUGGAUUUUGGCUGCAUUCUGAAUGAUACAGAGAUGGUGCACCAUGUUACGAUGACCAAUUGCAGCCCGCUAUUAGUGACAUAUCACUGGUCCUUCCUUCAGGGUGAUUCAAUAUACCAAGAGAGGAUUUCACCUAUUUGCAGACCAGAAGAAGAGACUGUAAGUCAUAAGCAACACAAAGACCAAGUAGAACUUGUUGAACUAUCCGCUCUUGAAUCUACCAUGCCCAUUGGGGACGAUGACAGAAAUCCGUCAACACCAACUCUGAAUUUCAAUGAGGAAGAGAAAACUGAUGCUGAGAAUGAAAUACGGGAGGGCAUUGGGUCGCCCAAAGAGAGCUCAAGUGUUACCUUCAAUAAAACAGAAAAGGACAGAUUGUUGAAUCUACUUGAUUCAGAGAAGCUGCUAAAAGACCAGACUGAAGAUAGCCAGUGUCUUCCAUGGAGUUGUAACCAAGACCAGAACGAUGCCACAUUAGGUGUGGAGCAGGUAUUUGAUAUCCUUCCAUUGUUCGGUGUUCUACAUCCAAAUGAAAUUCAACAAAUGGCAUUUACAUUUUAUGGGCACACGAACAUCAGGAGCAAGGUGAAAGCAAUAUGCAAAGUGAAAGGUGGGCCAACAUAUGAGAUUACGCUGAAAGGAGAGGCCUCAUUUAUCAAGUAUGCAUUUGACAGAAGAGAGAUCGACUAUGGUCAGCAGUUAUUUAACCAUAUUGCUGCGACUGAAAUUACUCUGAAGAACACAGGAAAGGUUGGGUUUGAAUACAAUGUCUUAAAUGAAGAGUGGGCUGCUGACAGAGAGCCUCUACCAGGUGUACCACUCGUCACUCCUUCCAGGGGAUACAUUGAUGCCAAUGCAGAACAGGAAUUAAGGGUCGCUUACUUUCCUGGCAUACCUGAAAUCUUUUGUACCACUGUAGAAGUUCAGGUUUCUCACUUUGAACCUGACAGCAUCACUGUGAAGGGAGAGGGCAUCUUCCCAAGAAUCUAUCUGGAUCUACCCAGAAACAUAAAAGGAAAUGAAAAGUAUGAGGCAUUCCUGAAAGAAGCGAAGGAAACCAUCGUGAGAGAAACUCCUGCAUCCACCCUGCUCAGCCAUUCUGAGAUAAUAGCAGUAGAACUGGGUGGAGGCAACUCCUUCCCUUCUUAUGAUACCUUGCUGCAGAUGGAGGCUGAUCGUCUACUAAUUAAAGAAUGCAGCAUCCUCCACAAGAUGAUCCCCACUUCCCACAGUGGCGGGUCUGGAAAGUGUCAGUCUCCUCGCAUCUCUCUCUCUCAAUGUUCUUUGCCUGAGUUUAUCGUGGAUUUUGGUUUUGUAAUCCUUGGCACUGUGAAGAUACAUACCGUAAAGUUCGCAAACACCAGUUCUUUGCCAGUAUCUUUUCACACUGAGCAGCAUGCUCUGAGGAAUACUGGUUUCUGCACUGAACUGCACAGGGUGAAGAAUCUUCCCUGCUGUGAAAGUGAGACUUUUGAAGUACGAUUUGAUCCCCUUAGUGCAAGCCUCACUAUUGGCUUUACAAAAGCUUUGCUAUCAAUACAGGUUGUAGGUGGACCCGCAGUGAAUGUCAUCCUGCAAGCUACUGUGACAGAGCCAGCCUUGACUGUCUCAAGUGACAAUCUGGACUUUGGCACUGUGCAGUGUGGACAUUGUCAAGUUAUAACUAUCCAGCUCUACAACCAUCUAGAAGUUCCCAGUGAAUGGUCCUUCGUUGAUAGCAGCCUUGUAAUGCAAAAGCUUGAUAGGUACGUUCCCCUGCACCUGCGAUCCCAAUUAUUGAAAGAGUUGAAGCAGCCAGUCCAGGUGUUUCUUAUGAUGCCGUUAUGUGGUGUGGUCAAAGCUGGAGAGAGAGUUAAUGUGCAAGUGACGUUCACCCCUGCAGAGGAGAAACUUUAUAACCAUCGGCUGGUGUUGAACUUGGCACAAAGCAGUAACCAGGUGCUGAUCAUGGGCAGAGGUCAAGGGCAGGAGCCUUGCUUAGACUUUUCUUCCACUUUGUUGGAACUGGGUCCAGUUUUACCAUACAGCACAGAAACGGAGGGAACGGUAGUUGUGAAGAAUCCUUGCAGCUUCCCGGUUGAAUUCUACUCUUUAGAAUUUGAUGAGAAAUACCUGGAAGAAGAAAAGAUUCUGCGGAAGAUGAAAGGUUACAGUUCACUGAAUACGCUGUUACUGCCACCUAGACAACCAGGCGAGAGGUUGCCGGUAGAGUUACUGGAUUACUAUAAAGAGCAGAUUCUAAUUGAAGAACAGGAACAAGCAAAGAGAAAAUUACAGGAGGCUAUUGAAGCGGAAAAUGUAGAAGGUGAAAGGGAAAAUAAGUCGCCUGAGCAAGCUGAAAGGUUGGAAGCCUUCAGACUUCAGUCAAGUGAAAGUGAAACAUCUUCAAGGUUAACAGUUGUCUCAGCUGUAGAGGACAAAAAGGAGAUUGAAAUUGAAGCAACUGAGAAAGCACCAAAGGCCAAAGGAGAGAAAAUAGAAUCCACUUUCAAUAUUGGUGUUGGAGAACUAGAAGUCACCCCCGUAUCUAAGGCCAUUGGCAGAUACCUCGGACUUGACUUGUCCCCGGAGGCAUGUGCUGCCCGGAACCGCAAAGGCAUUGCCUUUAUUGUAUAUGGAACUCCUUCUUCAGGAAAAACAAACACUGCCAACUUCCUUGCAAACCACUAUCAAGCUGCCUAUUUAACCAUAGAUUCCAUUAUAAAUGAAGCUCUUACAAAUGGCACCUCACCUGUGUGUUUGCGGGCUCAGGAGAUGCAUGCCAAGGCUACUCUCGACCAAAUCGAGAAAGAGAAUGAGGAUGCAGCGCAACUAGAAGGAACCAUGCAACAUUCAUUUCAAGUACCUGGAGGCCUAAACGUUGAUGGACCAAGCAAGCCACCUGAAAUUAGCCCAAUCUCCGAAUCCAAAAUUAUUCAUGCUUCGGUCAUUGCCCAACCAAAGGGCAGCCAAGUUAUAUCAAGGACAAGUCACAUUAUCCCGAAACAGCAUGUUGACAUGUUGGCAUCACAGGUUUCCACAGUCGUUCAAGUGGUACAACAACCUGUGAGUAUCUCCACAAGCCAAAUGGGAGAGACAAAUCCAUCAGUUUUUCAAUUGCCAGAUGAAAUGUUGGUGGAGAUUCUAACAGAGCGGCUGCAGCUGAUCGAUUGUUGCCGAGGGAUUGUAUUUGAUGGACUGGAGAAUCCGUACAAUAACAAUGAAGCCAUUGCACUCAUAACUGUCUUAAAAGCAAUUAACAAUAGACGUCACAUCUAUUUUAUCAACCUCAGUCAGGAAUAUGCAGUAAUGAAAGCCAUGGAGAAAGCCAAGCAUGAAGAGAUAGAAACAUUGGCAAGGGAGAAAGCAGAGAAGGAGAAGGCUUACCUGAAAGAGCUGGGUGAAGAGGAAUAUGAGGCCUUGACAGAGCAAGAGAAGGCUGAGUUUGACCUUAAACGCAUCAGUUUAUUCCGGGAACGCAGAGAGAGAGUUCUGAAUGAGAUUCAUGAACGACAGCUACGGGAGCAGAAACUGAGGGAAGAAAUGGAAAGGCUGCGGGAGGAAGAAGAACUGAAGAAAAGGUCCAGAAAAGGAAGAAAAGAUACGACUGUUAAGGACGAAACAAAGAAAUUGCAAAUGACUCUAAAGAUGAACACUAAUGUUUCAAUGAUGAAGAACGAGCUUCCUGAAGCCAAAGUUCCCACUGCAGAUCAUAAUGAAUCCACCCCAGUAGAGCGUGGUGAAGCAGAAGAAGGAAUCAAAAAGCGAAAAAGCAGGGAUGCUAAAAUGAGUCAUGCAUUCUUGGAAAAGUACAAUUCACUCCUGGAGGAUGAGGUGGCCAAAAGUCCAGAGAAGCAACUUUUCCUCAGAUUUCAUAGGUAUGACCGUAAUCAGAAAAAAAUCUCCCAAAUUCUGGAAUACUGGGACAGAGCACAAGGAAUUGUUGCUCUCCCACAAUCUGAAGAUGGCCAAAGUGCGAGUGAGGAUCAAUCUGUAGAAAAGCCGGUCACCACAAGCAAAAAGGGGAAAAAAGAUCGACACGAGAAGCAGGAGAAAGAGAAGGAAAGAGCUGAGAAGGAAAGAGCUGAUAAAGAUCGUCUGGAGAAGGAAAAGGUUGAGAAAGAGAGGCUGGAAAGGCUUCGAGAGGAGAAAACUUACAGUUCGCCCCAGUCUGAUACAGUAGCAGAUGGAGAAGGUGUGGAAAGUACAGAGAAGGAAGAAAUCAUCGGAGUGCCUCAGGUCAAGUUACCGGCGGAUGAUUCAGAGGAAAACAUAAAAAAGAUUGUUCUGUCCUGUGGCAAAAUACCAUCAGUAGAAGAGAUACUAGAUAGCCUGGGCAUGGGUCCAAGUGGCCCCCCAAUUCCGCCACCUGCCCUGUUUUCAGUGGUGAAAUAUCCAAUAGAGCGAAGUCCCAUAUCUGGGAAGGAUGUGCUGAGUCACUUCUCACUCGCACCUAACGCAGAAGAAGGAAAAUUGUUAUUUGAAGAUAAGAAAGAGCCUGAACCAGAGCCUGAAUUGCUGGCCCCAGUUGCUAAGGAGGAGGCACCUGUUCAGCAUAAAGGAAAAUAUAAGAAAGACAAAUCAGAAACGGACCGCGACAAACGUCGCUCAGGUGGGCACGGGAAAAAGGGCCGACGUGAUUCCCGCACUUCUUUUUUACUGGGUGCCCCGUCACCUCAAUCCGACAUCGACCACAGCAGCACUACUGAGGAGCCAUCCAAAGAAGAUAGCACAGCGGUCAGAGUGCUUCCUUAUCGCUGGAUUGUGCAACCUGGCGAGGAGGUUACUUUACAAGUGCGUUUUAGUUCAGUAGUUAUUGGGACAUAUGAUCAAACUCUGAACUUUGAGCUCCUGGGAACGCGAAGAUGCUACAAGUUGUACUGCAGAGGAAUUUGUACCUUCCCAACUAUAAACCAGGAUCCCAGAGUUGUCUUCCGACAUCGGAUAAAGAAUCAUAAGCUUGACGAAAUCCCUCGGAAGAAGUACAUUAUGAGCAAAGAAAUGUUUCAGUUUGGACCAUUGCUCUGUGGCAUCACUAGGGAAAGGUACAAGGAGGGCAAAUAUGCGGAAAACAAGGAGAUUAUCAAAAUAAUGAAUACCUCAUCAAUGGAAGCUGAGGUUUCCUUCUGUUAUCAGCAUGAUGUGAAAGCUGCCACCUAUCUUGUGGAUCCACCAUGUGUGACGCUUGCAGCUUAUGAAGCAACGGAGGUCACGAUCUGGGCCUAUCCAACCAGCCCUGGGAAAUUUGAUGACCACCUUGUCUGUUGCAUACGCGAAAAUCCUGAACCAGUACUCUUUAAGGUAUCCUGUUAUGGAGUACGUGCGGACUUGGAGCUUGACCGCAAACAGCUACACUUUGACAAAAUGAUUCUUCACAGGAAGGACACCAAGAGCCUGGUGAUGCGGAACACUUGUCUUCUGGCAGUAGCGUGGAGAAUCACUGGCCUGGAGAAUCUGGGUGAUGACUUCACUCUCUCUCAGGACCAGGGAAUCAUUGAACCCAAAGCUGAAUUUAGUGUGCACGUGCACUUCAGAGCUACAAGACAAAUCAACCUGAGAAAGUACAUUCGGCUUGAGGUCUAUGAUGCAGAUAACAUUCUCGGCAUUGUUCAAACGGAAAACAUACUGAUCCUUGCAGAAGCUUAUGAUGUGGCUCUGGACAUCAGUUUCCCUAAAGGUGCAGAUGGCGGGAUUGAUUUUGGUAUCAUUAAAGUUAUCGAUACCGUGAAACAGACUAUCACGUUGAAGAACAAAGGAAAAUAUGAGAUUGCAUACAGAUUUCAACUCCAAUCCACAAAGCGCGACAUGCCAGAUGUGAAUUCUCUAUUCACCAUUCAGCCGAAUAAAGGGUCUCUGGCUCCGAAUGAUCGUGCCAGUCAUAUCUACAUAAUUUUCCGCAGCAGCAUAAGCACACACAUCAAGGAUGAGCCUAUUCUACGCUGCCAGGUGAUUGAACCCACCUUGGCUGAAGGAGGAGAGGUCAUUGCCAGCAUUCCAGUGAAAAUCUCCGUCCGUGCUGUCUUCAGUACAUAUCGGAUGCUGCCUACCAGGGAGCUCAACUUUGGCACUGUGCUGGUUGGUGGCCGAAGGAACCGCACCUUCACUCUUGAAAACACUGGCGAAUUUGAGUUCAAGUACUACAUCUUUAAAAUGCCCAUCAUGGCGUCACACCAGGGAAAGAAGAGUGUCGCUAGCUCCAAACUUACAAAGUCCCAGGACAGAUCGAGCUCCAUGAGAUCUAAUGGAGCUCCUAAGCAGAAAGAGCAAACGCCUCAGGCACGUUUGACUAUUGGAAUAUUCACAGUUUUCCCUGGUUACGGAUUAGUGCCUCCUGGAGGACAAUUGGUCAUCACAGUGGAAAGCUCUGGAGACCAGAUCGGGAGGCAUGAAGAGGUCUUGAACAUUGAUGUUAUUGACCGGGACCCGAAAGACAAUCCAACUGGUAUCCCAUACUGGAUGAUCAUCGAAUGUUGUGCACCAAAUAUUGUGGUGGAUGACAUUCCUUCCAUCUUUGAGGAACAUUUCAUUUGCCAAAACAUCAAUCUUCACCAAUGCUUGCAGACCGUGCAGACCAGUGGAAUCUACAUAGAGGAUGAAAAGAAAUUUCUCUUCCAUAACGUUUAUGUUGGAGAUCAGGCUGAAGCCCGUUUCAGGAUCAUCAACGUAGGCAAAGUCAACGCGGAUGUAGUAGUGUCCGUCAAGCCAAUAUCUAACAAGAUAGCAGCUCGGAUUGUUGAUAUUUUUGAAGUGGAGCCUACCCGACUGAAUGUCCCCAGUUAUGGUCAUAAAUUUGUAGUGGUCAGGUUCACUCCUCCAACAAUGCAGACUUAUCAGUGUCUAUUUGAAGCUAUUGUGGAAGCAACAUCUGGUUUACCGAAGAGCAAAUCGCUGGCGUUUGAUAUUGUUGGGGAUGGCAACCUGCCAAGGAUUAAUAUCCUUCGGCCUCUUCUGCGUAAUACGAUAGGACAUCCUUUGCUUAUAUACUCACGUUUACUGUUGGGUCAAACACAGAAGCUACCCAUUGUCCUGAAAAAUGAUGGUACUUUACCUGCAAAGGUAUCGAUCAAUCUUUCUGAUGAUCAUGGAGUAUUUUCUCUCAAGCAAUGUAUUGGUACUGUAUGCCUCUAUCCUAAAGACCAUUACAUCAAAGAAAAGGACCCAAGCAGAGUAAGGGAAAGUUGCAUGCUCACAAUUAACAUCAACAGUGGCGAAGAGGUAACAUUUGACGUUGCAUUCCAACCAACCAUAAUUCAACGUUUAGAAGGAACAGUCUUCCUUACCGUAUUCAAUAACCAAUAUGAGGACACCAUUAUAAAUUUGGUUGGUGAGGGGUACCAGGAUGACAUUACUCUUGACAAUAUCCAUGGACUAGUGCGAAAUGGUGGAGAAGAAAACAUUACAACAUUUCUGGAAGAUAAAGAAAUCGAAGCACAAUACUUGAACCACAUUCAUUUUGGAGACUGCUACAUUGGCAAGCCCUAUCAGGUGACCUUCAUGAUGACCAAUCGAAGUGUAAUAGAUGUCGUCCGAUUUCAGUGGCUGUCAGAUAACAAUGAAGUCAAGUUCUCCCCACAGUUUGGCCAUCUGCAUGCUGGAUGCGCAAAGGAUAUAAAUGUGACAUUAAAGUCUGACCUACCGAUCACAUACAACAGUAAGGUAGUAAAAUGCACAGUGUCGAAGAUCACUUUCCCAGUGCCUGCUGACCAGGUUCCAGAUUGGGAUAAUCGCCUGAGUGUAGUUAAGUGGAUUGAUGCUAAAAAAGGUUCUCGACCUGCCAAGAAGAAGGUGGUGGAGACUGAUCCAGAGCCUGCCCAUAUUAUUUUGGAAGAUGGCACUCGGGAGCUGACACUGUUGAUCAGUGCCAUGGUGAAUUACAGUGACUUUGAAUGCCUAUGUGAAAGUAUCAAUUUCAAGGAUACGCUGUUGUACCAGACUCGAAUCUAUUCAAUCGCGGUGACUAACAAAGGUCCCGGGGCGCUGGAUUACACCUGGAAGGUAGUGAUGAACGGAGGUGGUAGAGGUGACCACCCUGAAACAAUUUCAUCAGUGCCUGACGUAGAAGCAUUCAUUGAGGAUAUAACUGCUUCAAACAGGUCAAUUGCCAUCCAUUCAUUGAACAAAGCUAUUCAGACCGGCAGCGGGUCCAGGAGUUCCACUGCAAGCAGUUUUCCUCAUCUAAGUGUUGAUACCAACAACCCGCCUUUCAUCGUGGAGCCGUAUACUGGAACGAUUGCUGCAAUGGAUGCACUGGAAUUCCAAGUCAAGUUUGCCCCGAAAGAUGUUGGUGAUUUUGAAGCCAUGCUCAUCUGCAGCAUCCCAAAUUUAAAGACGGGUUUGAAAGGUCCAAAGAUACCCGUGACAGGCCACAGUCUCCUGCCAUAUUGUCAUUUUGAGAUGGAAGACUCCAAUUAUAUCAGCAGCCAUAGGCGCAACCCUGAACUAAGUGGCCCAUUGGGUACUCACGCGGGGGUUACUCUCGACCUCAAUACACGUGUCAUCGAGUUUCAAGCUGUGGGACUGAACACAGUCAAUAAGAGAUCCUUCUUUAUAAUGAAUCCAACAAACAAAGACUACUCCUUUCAGUGGACAUAUGAGACUGCACCAGAUUUACGAAGGGAACCAGCUUUCAGCUUACUGGCAGAAAAAGGAUAUAUCACAGCAGGGAGGAAGACUGAGGUCACAUUUGAGUUCGUGCCUCAGCAACUGGGCAUUACUGAAUCAUUCUGGAACUUCAAAGUUCCACAGUUCAAUAUCUCUGUGCCCUUCUUGUUGUGUGGAAACACCACUGAGCCAGCAGUCUCACUUGACCGCCCCAAUAUCAACUACAAGUAUGUAUUAUUAGGCCACAAAGUGCACGAGACUGCCUACAUGAUCAACAAUGAAGCAACUCCCUUUAGUUUCAUUUUCAGAGAGAACACUGUGCACUCCAAGGGAUACAGCUGCCUUCUUAUUAUUGAACCAAUGCAGGGAGUUGUUCCCUGUCACAGCAGAACACCUAUUGUUUUUUCCUGCACUCCAACUGUCAAGGGAGAUGUGAGCUUCAAUGUCAUAUGUGAUGUCAAGACAAAGGUCGCCCCCUUGACAUUAAAUGUUAAGAUGCAUGUUUACCACAUGAAUAUUACAGUCAAGUGUGAAGCCAGUGAUGGUACUGUGACUGAACUCAGUCAACAGAACAUCAAUGAAAUCUUCUUCGGAGAGGUGGAACUGAAUGAUCAGAUUUCCUAUUAUUUUGUCAUUGAAAAUAAUGGGACAUUUAACUUUGACAUUGAAUGGGAGCUGACUGGUCCUCCGAGAUCUUUGAGCUGUCUGAAACUAACAUGCAAGGAGAACAGAAUUGAAGCAGGAAACAAUGCCCCAGCAAAGAUCGAGUUCCACCCUGAUCACAAGUUGGUGCUAAAGGAUGUGAAACUAACACUGAAGAUACAUAAAGGACCUGUUUUUGUCUGUGCCCUGACUGGGUAUACAGUAAUUCCAAGCAUUCACUUGUCCUUUACAACCUAUGAUUUUGGGCCAUGUUUCAUCUAUAAUGCUGGCAUGACACCUGGCAAAAAGGCCCUGAUCAUCACCAAUAAACAGGACCAACAAGUCAGCCUGGAAUGCUUGUUCCCGAAGAACUCCUACCUGGAUGUAAACUUCCAGACCUGCACCCUGGCACCAAAGAAAAACGUGGAAGCUGGUAUUUCCUUCUACCCGAGGGAAGCAAUCAAAUAUCAGGAAGAGAUCACCUUUGUGAUAAAUGGACUUAUCUACCAGAGUGUUAAGAUUUUUGGCCAAGGAACGGAGAUGAAGGUUGAAGUCGUCAAUCCCAAGAACAAGGUUGUUUACUUCCCAGCUCUUAAGGUGGGACAGACUGCGAAGAAAGUGGUGCCGAUAGUCAACAGGAGUCUGGCGCCUGUGAAUUUUGUUCUUGCUAUGACUCCGCACCAACAACUUCUUCAAAACGCUGAGGUUCUGAAUUUGUCCCCAAACAGUAAGAUCACUCUGAAAGCUCACAGCGACCCUUGCAAUGUCGUUGUCACCUUCUCCCCAAAUUCCCGGAUCCCCGAGUUUGCGGAAGAAAUAAUGAUGGAGUGCACGGGUGUUUCCAAGGCUCUCUUUGUGAUUCGGGGAUGCUGCCAGGGGACUGAGAUCGUGCUGGACCAGGACUACAUCUCAUUUGGGGCUGUGAUCUUCCGUAGCAAAGCUACUAGGCUGGUCAUGAUGAAGAAUGCUGGAGAUAUCGGCGCAAGCUUUAGGUGGGAAAUUAAGAAAUUUAAGCCUCAUUUUUCGAUUGCCCCUGUGGAGGGGUAUCUCUCCCCGGGAAUGGAAGUUUCCUUGGAGGUGGUGUUCUAUCCUACCGCAGUGAACACAGACAUCCGUGUACAAGGUCUGAACUGCUUCAUUGAGGGAGCCAAGUCUCUCCAGAUGUCCCUGACUGGAUCAUGUAUCUCAGCUACAUCCAUGAAAGAGGUGGUCAGUUUUAGUUGCCAGGUUCGGACUAAACAGAGCCAUGCCAUUCAACUGACCAAUCGUACCAACCAGGUCUGGCACAUCUUGCCCAUAAUCGAAGGAGAAUAUUGGACGGGACCAAAGAGUAUAACUGUGCUUCCUCAUCAGCAGAACCUGCCAUACGAGAUCACAUUCAGGCCAUUAAUGAUGAGCAUUGAUGGCAAGAAACAUCAGGGUUCGGUCUUUUUCCCAUUGCCUGAUGGUGCAGGACUGCUCUACAUUUUACAAGGAGUUGCUGAGCCCCCAAAGGCUGUUGCAGUUAUUGCUCGUGAGGUGCCCUGCAAGACCUCGCACACAGUGACGUUUUCAGUCAGCAACUGGCUCCACACCCAUCAACGGUUCCGAGCCGUUACAGACCUGAUCAAGCCAGAACGAAUUGAGAGCACCACCACACUGAAAGGUCUGGACUACGUUGAUGUUCCUGGAUCUUCAAAGCGGGAUUAUAGACUCAACUUCUUCAGUUACAAAGAAGUAAACAUCUCUGUAAAGGUGAUCUUCCGCAAUGAGACCACGCUUGAAUAUCUGUUCUACAUUCUAAACAUUAAAUCGACCCCUCCAGGAAUAAUCAGCACCAUUGAGUUGAUUACACCAGUUCGUCAGAGCACCACAGGCACAGUGGAGGUUGAGAACCCACUCACUGUCCCAACUGUAUUCAUCACUGAGUGUAGAGUUUCAGAUAUCAGCCUCCCGACACAGCUGAUAGUCCCACCGCAGGCUAAGGGUAUCCUGACCUUUGAAUAUCAGCCCCUGAGAGUGGGUGAGAGCAGCAGCCGCCUCACCCUGAACAACAAUGAUCUGGGCAUCUUCCAGUACGACCUGCUCCUGAAAGCCAUGCCUGCUGGACACGAGAGGCCACUUUACUUCCGCACCACCUUCGGGAGCAACCAGGUCCUCUGCGCCAAAUUUAUCAACUUCUCUCGUCAAAAGGUUGAGUACCAUUGCAAGAUUGAAAGUUCUGAGUUCCUCGUGGACAAGGGCACCUCUGUCCCCCCAGCCUCCCCCGGUGGUACGGAGGUGAGUGUGGAGGUGACCUAUGAGCCUCUCCAGCUGGGCAAGUCCAGAGCCAUUCUCCACGUCGUCUCAACCAUCGGAGGUAAAUACAGCAUCCCUCUGUUUGGCCUGUGCCUGCCUGCCAAACCUCAGGGGCCCUUCUCCAUCCGCGCUGGAUCCACCACUUCCAUCCCAUUUAAGAACAUAUUCCCGCAGGUGAUGACCUAUUCCUUCCAGACGGACAAUCCAGUGUUUGUCUGCAAACAGAUGGAUACUUUCCGACCAAAGAAAAGCCAAGCAUUGGUCAUCGGCUUCGAAGCUACUGCCAGCACCCCAAAAUCACCCAUCAUCGGCAAGUUGGUAGUAUCAAGUCUGCAGUCGGAGGGAGCUGCAACAGCCAUAUCUUGGAUCUAUUAUCUGAAGGGGGUUACUCCAGAUAAGUGAGAGGAGGUACAGCCUCGCAAAAUAAUCUUCUAUUUAAAGUAUAAAUUCUCCAACAUUUUCAUUCACUUAAUGCUGUCACUAGAUUUAUUCUUGACACCCUCCCCAUGUGGUUAACCAAACUGCUGAGCUGUUACAAUAUCAUCAAAGCAGCAAAGCUUGCAAUUAUCAGGGUCAUUUUACCAAAGAUUCACUGUUAACAUAGGGAGCAAAUUCCUGCUUAUCAUUCAGGCUACCUUUUUAACAAUCUUUAACAAUCCAGUCUGUUGCUAAACAGCGUUCACUAUAUCAUCAAAUUAUCAUUAUAUUUCAUUAAUAUGCAUUCAUUAAAUAUCCAUUCAAUAAUAUUCAUUCAUUAAAACAAUGAAACACAAUACUUUAUAUUUUUAUAAUUCAAUUCAGUUCUAGCAUUAAAAAGUUUAUUAAUGAUUGCCUCUGUGUGUCUACCAUCUGAAUAUUCUUCUACAAAUCCAGCAAGUAAUUUACCACCAUCUUCUUUGUUCUGGUUGGAGUUUUGGGCUGAGGCUCCUUAUGAUUUGACUCCUUCACUCUAAACAUUAGAUCAUGAGAUUUGCUUAAUAUCUUGCAAGUAGAUUAUUUUGUAAUCUCUCUGAGUGAUUUGAUGAUUAUGCAUUAAAUAUGGUUGUUUAUCUACCUAUUAUAACUUUUGCAGUUCAUAAUAUACCAUUACUUUAAAUGUCAGCUCUGAGGGGUUUAUACAUAAACUGGCAUUGAAGUACACACCCUCUGUUUCAGGUUAUUGUCUUCCUAAAUCAGUCGCCCUGCUUCAUUCCAAUAUAAAUAGGUGUUGCGACAAAUUCUGAACCUUACUCGUUCAGUUCAACUACCUCCACUCUUCUAUGCCAUUAUAGAAAUGUCACUGAUUCUAAUGUCCUGCGCACAGUCCACUCCUCUCUGCAUCAAUGUGUGAUUUCUCAACCAGAGAAUAGAAAGAAAAAAUACAGUGCCCUCCAUAAUGUUUGGGGAAAAGACCCAUCAUUUAUUUGUUUGCCUCUGUACUCCACAAUUUGAGAUUUGUAAUGGAAAAAAAAAAUCACAUAUGGUUAAAGUG